UCUCUUCGGUGAGAGCGAUGAGCUGUGGCUGUGCUCGCUCUCGCCCGAUUCCUGUUGCGUCACCCCGCCUUAUCCGCCACUCGUCCACGGCCAAAGCCAGCCCAUCGCCGAAAGUUUGCCUUUUGAGCCUUUGAUUUUCCCUAAUCGUCGCUCGUCUCCAUCUCGACAAAAAUCCUCACAUCAACUUCAACCCCCCCCCUAAAUCAACCCCGAUCAAAAUGUCCAACCGCCAGCUCGCCCGCGACAUGCAAGUCGAGUUCCAGGCUCGCUUCCAGGCGAAACAGGCCCGGCGCGAGGCCCAAAAGGCCGCCAAGCAGGAUCCCAUCCUCAAGAAGCAGAUCCAGGACCUGCUGAAGAAGGGCGAGACGCAAAAGGCGUACCAAAAGGCCAAGAUGCUGCUCUCCAAGCAGGCGCUGGCGCAGCAGAUGGACCAGAUGGCCGACAUGGCCGAGCUGUCGGCGGCGCAGAUCCAGGCCAACAACGCCAUGAACCGCAUGACGCACAUGAUGGCCUCGUCGUCGCGGACGAUGAACCUGGCGCAGAAGAAUACGAAUCCCGAAAAGACGCUCGUUACCCUGGAGCAGUUCAAGCAGCAAAACGAAGAAUACGCCAUGACCAACGGCAUCUACCAGGACGCCAUCACGCAGUCCACCUCUGUCCAGGUCGGCGAGGACGCCGUCCACGAACUGCUCGGCAAACUCGCCGACGAUGCCGGCCUGGAGCUCAGCUUCGAGCUCAACAAGGCCACGCCUGCGACGGCCGAGCCCCAGACUGCGGAGCCGACAGCCGAGGAGGAGGACAAGCUGCAGCAGAGACUGAGGGCUUUGCGGGCUUAGAUUUGCGGGAGGAGGGUUUCAUAGCGGACUGGUUUCCUUUUGAUUCUUUCGGGUUGCUACGCUGGGCUAUGGACUGAUAUGCAUGAGUCUGGAUCAACAGGGAGUGAUUUGACUUGAUUUUUGCUGGGUGGAUUUUCUUUGUUCUUCUAUAUUUCUUUGCUGGGACACGAGGGCUUUCUUUCUUUUUUUU